AGGUGUUAUUCAAAGUCUAGCUUUAGCUAUAGCAGGUGUGCUCAAUAUAGAAUGCUAAGCUUAGCUUUAAUAGUAAACGUGCUGAGCUUUGCUUAUAGCACGCAACUACCACAGCAAAUAGACAAAUGUCAGUACAACGAUGCGGAGUGCAUUAGGGAAAACAUCAACAAGAUAAUCCAGCUGUAUCCAGAGGGUGUGCCCGAACUUAAUAUAAGCUCAUUCAAGGAGUUUCGACCCGCUGAUCUGGAGCUGAUCGACACGGCACGCGUGGGCGGACUAUGGAUAACAAUGCGACUGCUCAACCAAGUCAUAGCGGGCAUGGAGAAUGCCACAGUGCGUCAAGUGAGCGGCUUCCAGCGUGAUCCAAACAAAUCCAAAAUAGACAUAACAGUGCAUGUGCCUAGGCUAACGCAUAGAUCAAGCUAUGCCAUGGAGCUGCGCUGGCUGACGCUGGUGCAGACGAAUACAACGGGCGCUUGCUAUGCGGAGUUCCACGACGUCAAUUUGAGCUUAAACUUGAAGGUUAUAGUCAGAUAUCAGCAGCAACGGCGUUACCUUACAGUUUAUCAGCUAACGCCGCAGCUGCAGCUGGGCAGGAUAAUCUGGAUUUGACGCUGGCAGUGAAUCGUGCCUAUAACGAACACUGGCAUGAGCUCUGGAACGAUAUAGAGAGCACUGUAUUGGCGAGUUAUACGAAAGCAGCUGCUGUGCUCUUGAAUCACAUAUUUUCAACUAUUUCCUAUGACGAUAUGUUUAUGUGAAUCACGCCUAAGCAUUAUAUAAACUUGUUGUUGUUGUUAUUAAUGAAAGUAAACAAUAAAUUGCAUAAAGCACUCAAUGAAAAGUUAGAAC